ACCGUGUAAGACGUAAUAGACUCUUGCUUAUAGAAAAUAAUAUUAUGUUGCUUAGAUUACGAUAUAGAAGCUUUUGAUAUUUUGCGAUAUUUGUAAACGCCUUAUCAGUAGAAUAAUUUUCUUUUAUCAAUUGUUAUUCAUUCAAUCAAAAUGUGUAUAGUUUUUUUACACGUAGGCUCCGAUGAUGCCGAUAAUGAAUAUAAACUAAUACUUAUAUCGAACAGAGAUGAAUUUUAUGACAGGCCAGCACAAAAAAUGGGCCCUUGGGAGGAAGAUGUAAAUAUUUAUGGAGGACGAGAUUUACAAACUGGAUGUGAAGGGGGAACUUGGCUAGCAUUAUCCACUUGUCACAAAAAAAUAGGAUUAUUGCUUAAUUUGCCUGGAGUACAUAAGGAUAAUGCCAAAAGUAGAGGUAAAAUUGUUGAAAACUAUGUUAAGAGUCAUCUAGAAUCAAAUAAUUUUGUUGAUUCUAUGAAGGAAUAUUUUCAAGAAUGCAAUGAAUUUGUAUUAGUUGCUGUUGAGUUUGGUAAUGAAGUACCUAUUGUAAGGACUUACAACAAUGGAAAUAAUGAAUUAAAGCAAUGGUAUGAUCAAUACCUAGGUUUUAGUAAUAGUUUCCCCGAUCAGCCAUUAACUAAAGUGGUCGCUGGAAAGUGUAAAUUACAAGAUAUAUGCCUUAAAUAUAAGAAAAUAAAUGAAAAAGACCAGUUAAUUGAAGAAUUAAUAACAAUUUUGAAAUCUGAAGAAAGUAAUUUACCGGACCUACAAUUGGAAGAACGGAGACCACUGAGUUUUAAAGAGCUAAGUUCGAUUUACGUAAAAAUACCAAAGGCAAGAUAUGGCACAAGAGCACAUACUAUAAUUUUAUUAACUAAAACUGGGGAAUUGCAUAUAAUUGAACUCAGUAUGGAAUCCCCAAUAGAUCCAUUGACACCAGCCUGGGUAAGAAGUGAUUUUAAGGUUAAUGUAUAAGUUUAAAUUUAUUUUCAUGUACUGUUUGAUAAAACAUGUUGACUUGUAAA